AUGGCGUCAUCAAGUUUUCCAUCCAUAUUACUUCUUCUACUCGUAGCUGUAGCUACCAAUGCUGCAACACCAAAGAUAACCUUUGGGAAAUGCCCCUCCGUAAUCCCCCCAGGCGUUGACUGUGGGCGGAUUGACGUGCCUCUCGCAUAUCAAAGCGGCAACUCUACCUCUGCUAAGGGCGAUGGCACGGUUGAACUCGCUUUUACGCGAUUGAACCACACUGGUAAAGCAAAAAAGGAAGGCGUUCUAUUCUUCAACACCGGCGGUCCCGGAGCAUCUGGUGCAAUCCUUGUCGCCGGAAGUCCAUACGUCCCCGCGAUCGAAUUCUCGUCUGAUCUCCGCGAUGCCUAUGAUAUCAUCGGUCUUGAUCCCCGCGGCGUCGGCAUAAGCAGCCCCGUCGAGUGUGAUCCCAAGGUGUUCAACGAACGCGUCUCGACCUAUGUAACGACCGAUGAGGAAUACGAUGCUCUCUUCAACUACAGUCGUAAACUGGGCGAGAGCUGUGCCAAUUUGACCGGUCCCUUGAUCAACCAUCUCGACUCUGUUCACGUUGCGAAAGACCAUCAAGUCGUUCUCGAAGCUCUUGGAGAGUCCAAAUUCAACUACCUUGGUCUUUCUUACGGUACUCUUCUCGGCUACACAUAUGCGUCCUUGUUCCCCAAGUCGGUCGGCCGAAUGGCUCUUGAUGCCAUCGUGGACCAUUCGCAAUCCGAAAUCGGAGCUCUCCUCGCAGAAUCCACAGGCUACGAAUCGACUCUAAACGAGUUCUUCAACUGGUGCGACAGAAACUCUACAUGUGCUCUUCACGGCAAGAAUUCCAGUCAUAUAUGGGACGAGGUGCUCUCGCGUGCAGGCUCGAAACCCAUCCCAGCACCGGGCUGCAACGGCACAUGUCGUUCUGAUGUGAACGGCGAGGAAAUCCGCUACAACGCACAAAGCUUCCUCACAUUCCAGUUUCUCACUUUUGGUCCUAACUGGAUCGAUCUGGGUGACGCUCUCCUGCAAGCUAGCAAAGGAAACGCAACAGCUCUAUCCACGGCAACUCCUAAUAGCCGCAUCGUCCAAGACCCAAGCGGUUCACCGUACAACUACCUCGCCAUUGGAUGUCAAGACUGGCUUCACAACUCCAAAAAUGCUGUCGAUCUACGCCUGAAGCUCACCAAUGCUGUGACGUUUGCGCCGCGUACGCUCGGUAUGUCACAGACAUAUUACUACGAAAGUGCGUGCAUCGGAUGGCCUGCGCCGUUGACCAACCCGCAAGGCCCCAUCGCGAGCGGAAUUAAGGAUGCGCCGACGAUUCUUAUUGCGUCUUCUGUAUUCGACCCUGAGACGAGUGUGACAAAUGCAGAGGGGCUCAGGGAACAGUUGACGAGAAGGGGAGAAACAAGCCAGGCCAUGAAUAAGUACCUGGCUACAGGGAAGCUACCCAAGGAUGGCACUGUCUACAAGACUUAG